AUGGCGACCGUCAACGUGAAUCGCAGUGUUACGGAUAUCUUCUAUCGCUACAAAAUGCCACGCCUCCAGGCCAAAGUGGAAGGUAAAGGCAACGGCAUCAAAACGGUCCUCGUCAACAUGGCCGAGGUGGCAAGAGCGAUCGGAAGACCAGCUACCUAUCCAACCAAGUACUUUGGCUGUGAGCUGGGCGCCCAAACGCAAUUCGAUCAUAAGAACGAACGUUUCAUUGUGAAUGGAUCGCAUGAUGUGAACAAGCUGCAGGAUUUGCUCGAUGGCUUUAUUCGGAAAUUCGUACUCUGUCCCGAGUGCGAUAACCCUGAGACAAAUCUAACUGUCUCGGCCAAGAAUCAGACCAUCUCGCAGUCGUGUAAGGCCUGUGGCUUCCAUGGCUUACUGAAGGUCAACCACAAGGUGAAUACGUACAUUGUGAAGAAUCCGCCAUCGUUGAAUCCCGCUGCUCAGGGUUCAUCACUAACGGAGGGCAAACGCUCGAAGCGUGUUCAGAAGCAAAAGAAUGAAAACUCUGAUGGGUCGAUGUCCAACAAUUCAAUGGCCAACAAUUCUGGCGGCGAAUCCGAUGGCGGCAACGGCACCAACCAUGCCAGCCAAACGGAAGCCGAGAUUAGCGCUGCCAUACCAGAGAAGAGCAUAGCCGAGGAUGACGACGAUGGUGGCUGGAGCGUUGAUGUUUCCAAGGAGGCGAUACGCGCACGGUUGCAGGAUCUGACAGAUGGUGCCAAGGGUAUGACCAUUUCGGAUGACUACGACAAGACAGAGAAGGAGCGCAUCGACAUUUUCUACGAGCUGGUAAAGAACAAGCGGGAUUCGAACCAGCUGGAUGAUGUGGCCACGCAUAAGGAGCUGCUGAUUGAGGCCGAGCGCUUGGAUAUUGUGAACAAGGCACCGCUAGUGCUGGCCGAGCUGCUCUUCACUGAGAAUAUCACGCACGAUGUGAGGAAAAAUCGCAUUCUCCUGCUGCGCUUCACCCACAACAAUCCGAAGGGUCAACGCUAUCUGAUCGGCGGCAUCGAGCAGACGGUUGAAUUGCAUGCGAAGACAUUGAUGAGCAAGGUGGCUGGAAUCUUCAAGAUCUUCUACGAUUUGGACAUUCUGGACGAGAAGGUGAUUCUUGAAUGGGCCCAGAAGGUCAGCAAGCGUCAUGUUUCGAAGAAGAUAGCCACCGAGAUACACGAAAGAGUUGAACCGUUUGUCCAAUGGCUAAAGGAUGCCGAGGAGGAGGACUCCUCAUCGGACGACGAUGAUAAUGCUUGCGGUGAUUCAGAUGUCGAAAUCGAAUAUGAUGAUCGUGCCCGUGUCGAGCCCCUGAAGGUGGCAGCGGUCAGUGCCGCCGUUGCUGCUGUUAACAAGAAGAACGCCAUGGAGGAUGAGGAUGGCGAUGAAAUAGACAUUGAUGAGAUCUAAGCAGGGAGCACCAACAUCAGUUUGUGGACAAGGGAAUAGCCAAAAUUUGUAAUAGCACAUGGUUUAGAAGGAAUGGAAACAAAUAGAAAAUGAGGGAAUAAUAGAAAGACUAGGACUAGAAGCAAGGCAAGCACAGUGACGAUUGGCAGGAAGCGACAAGCGAAAAGCGGGAAGCGAGUAGCGUGAGUUACAAGCGGCGGGCGAUGAAUUGCGAAGCAACAAAUGGCGUGGCAAUGCUAUCAGCGAACAAAGAUUAGCUGCCAAACGAGUUGCGAGUGUCGAUUUGCUGGUGACUAAGGGCAAAUUUGCGAGUAAUUAGUUAGCUUGAUAGGUGCACUGCAUUCGAUCAGCCAAGUUCUUUCGGUAAUGAAUCGCCCUAUCUCACGACUUCACUACAUUUCGAUUGUAAUCACAUUUGCAUUAUCCUAUAUACCCAUUUGUAACAAUAAACACAAAAUCUAAAUUUAAAUUAAAUUGCACAUAUACAAUA